AUGGAUACGCAGCCUCAGGUAGUGUCCGAUUGUCCCUGGGCACUGUUGUUACGUGUCUACUUCUUCAGGAUGGGCGCUCUAACAAUUUUUCAUCUUCUUCUCUUUAAACACAUUAUCUAUCUAUCUAUCUAUCUAUCUAUCUAUCUAUCUAUCUAUCUAUCUAUCUCAGUCUCUAUCUAUCUAUAUCUCAUAUCGAUCUAUCUAUCUCAGUUUUUAAGUAUCUAUCUAUGUCAGUCUCUAUCUAUCUAUCUAUCUAUCUAUGUCAGUAUCUAUCUAUCUCUAAUAUGUAUGUAUUUCUCACCCCCUCUCUCUCUCUCUCUCUCUCUAUCUAUCUAUCUAUCUAUCUAUCUAUAUAUAUAUAUAAAUACCAUAAUAUAUUCUCUAUCUAUCUAUCUUUCUAGCUAUCUAAGUCUGUAUAUCUAUCUAUCUAUCUAUCUAUCUAUCUAUCUAUCUAUCUAUCUAUCGAUCGAUCGAUCGAUCUCAGUCUGUAUGUAUGUAUGUAUCUAUCUAUCUAUUAUUAAUCUAUCUAUUUCUGUAUCUAUCUAUCUCAGUCUCUCUAUCUAUCUAUGUAUUUUUGGAAAAAUUGCAUACGUAUUGGAACUUCGUACAACUUCUCAAUUAUUUCUAAGUCGUAACCCUAGAACUGUAAUAAUGAUCAGCAAUCCAAGGAAAAAAAUUCGACGUCUGAAAUCUCUCUCUCUCUCUCUCUUUCUUUCUUUCUUUCUUUCUUUCUUUCUUUCUUUCUUUCUUUCUUUCUUUCUCUCUCUCUCUUUCUCUCUCCCAUGUAAGUUUGUCUGUUUGUUAAUUUUGCCACUGAAAACUGUUUGCUUGCGAUCAUUGCGAUUAGUGAUGUCGGCGUCGGCGUCUCAACGAAAAACUCUGAGCAUUUCUGAACAGUCGGAGCUCAUCGACGAUGUCAAAGUGAAGAAACUCAAAUUUGCCGCUGCAGCCAAAAAGUACGGAAUCGGUUAUUCAACAGCAGCAAAAAUUCUCAAGAAAGAAGACGAUCUCAGAUCUUGCAUGCAAAUGAACGGAAACACUAAUCGCAAACGAAAGCGCCAGUCCGUGCACAAGGACGUUAACGAAGCGCUUACACAAUGGUUUACGCAAGCAUGUGCUCAUGGAGCUACCGUCACCGAUCACGUCAUCAGGCAGAAAGCAUCACAACUGGCCUUAAAUCUUGAAGUUGAUUUUGAACCGAGCAAUGGCUGGCUCAUACGCUGGAAGCAGGCCAAUAACGUUUAG